GCUGGGCAAUGAAAAGAUUACGUCAUACACGUCAUUCAGAUUUGAGUCGAAAAUAAGGUUAUCAACCCAUUUCACUACUACUUAUCUUCAAUUUUUUCCAUAAAAAUUAUACCGAUUUCUAUAGUAAAGGCUGUAAAAAUUUAUAAAAUGUGUUUAUUACGACUAUGAAGUUGUGGCAAAGUAGAAUGAAAUAUGGGAAAUAUAUUUGGAAAGAAGAAAGUGAGCAGAGUGACAAAUCACGACAGGGCUGUUUUGCAAAUGAAACAGCAGCGUGAUAAACUGAAACAAUAUCAACAGAGAAUAGAGAGAACUUUGGAAAAUGAACGUCUCUUGGCUAAGAAACUACUCAAUGAAGGGAAGAGAGAUCGUGCCAAAUUAUUACUGAAGAAGAAGAGAUACCAAGAACAACUGCUAAGCAGAACUGAUGGCCAGCUUGAAAACUUGGAAACAUUGGUUCACGACCUGGAGUUUGCUCAAAUCGAAACCCAGGUCGUGGAAGGAUUGAAAGUAGGAAACGAUGCGCUGAAGAAAGUGAACGAUAUGAUAAACAUUGAAGAAGUGGAGAAAAUAUUGGAUGAAACAAGAGAGGGCAUCGAGAAGCAGAAAGAGAUAGACGAUCUGCUGAGUGGAGCGAUGACCGCUGAGGAUGAUGAGGCUGUAGAGGAGGAGUUCGCCCAACUGAUUGCUGACCAACAAAACAAAAGCCAAUUGCCCACGGACGAACAAAUCGAAAACAAUGUCAAAGCCGAGGAAGAAAAAGAAGAAGAAGAACUUGUUCUCCCUGAUGUCCCCACUGAAGAACCUGAAAGAGAGAAAGUGUCUGAACCAAAGAAAGCGAAAAAGAUUGCUGUUGCUGCCGAAUAAAGAUGAAUAAUGGAUCACUUGUUACCCAAAAUGAAAAAUUGAGAACUAAUAUGAAUGGAAGGAUCCUGAUGGCUUCUGUCUUCUUCCCUUUUGAUGUGAAAUAAUCCAUACCACCCAUCGUUCUCAAACAACUCAAAUUUGGACGGGCAACCUGUAUAAUUACAAUAUUCCAAGCUGUAUGAUAAUUAUAUAAAUGAUAAUUGUAUAGUCUAUAUACUACUACAAUUGUAUUAUUCAAUUUUGUUGUGCUAUUGAAAUAUUUACUGGAAAAAUAUAUUAUUUUUUCAACUUCA